UUUAAAGUGUUCCUGGAAGCUCCGCAAAUUGAACUAACAGUAACUUCGUCAUUGUUGUGUACGUAUAUUUCUUAUAUACACAACAAACAGGAGGACAGGAGAGUCUUAAUUUGAGUUUUUACAGAUAAUUAAGCCCGUUUAAGUGGUUGACACUUCUUUAGGUCAUUAUGGCACAACUUGGCUUCAAGGUCUUGAGUUUUUAAAAUGAAAUGUACAGAAUGUGGUGCUGAUGUGGCUCCUAGUGAUAAGUUCUGUGGAGCGUGUGGUCGGAAGGUUGAAAUAGAUGAUCAUGAAGACAAGAUAAAAAGAUGUCCUAGUUGUGAUUCACUUCAGAAACUAUCACAAAAGUUUUGCACAGAAUGUGGAUGUGAGAUAGACAGCCAAAAUAUAUGCCUUGCUGAGACACCCAAUGGCCGAUGUAAAAAUAUUUUGGCAUCAGACUCAAAGUUUUGUGAUGCAUGUGGAAAUCCUGUGAAGAAGAGUACAGGGAGUGAUGAAUUUGAUAGUAGCAAACAACCACAGCCUAUAGCUAUAGUAAUACAAAUUCCUCCAAAAGAAAAUGAUGAUCAUUAUGAUUUUAAAAGAGAAGAUGAUGCUGUGAUCAUUCCAGGGGAUACUAGUAAGAAGAAUGAAGUAACCAAGGAGCCAUUGAUUAUCAGAAUUGAGAAUGUGGUACCUACAGAAGGGGCACAUCCAAAAGAAAGUGCAACUCGAGGACUAGCAGUUAUCUGUACUCAUUAUACUUUUAACAAGAAAAAAUUCAACCUGUCAAAUAGAGAAAAUGCUGGAGAUGAUAAAGAUCUAAUGUCUGAAUCAUGGGAACAGUAUGGAUGUGAAAUUCUCUCCUUUGAGGAGAAAAAGAGUGAAUUUUAUCAGAAGGAGUUAGUAACUGAAAUUGAAGGUAAAUUGAACAAAAUGGGCACAAUCGAUUACUUUGUUUUCGUUUUGAGCACCCAUGGAGAUGAAAGUCGUGACGUCAACCUUAAGGAAGGUAAGCCACAGUAUCACCAUUACUUUUAUACAAGAGAUGGCCGUUAUAGAACCCAGGAUGUCAUUGAUGCCAUAGGUGAAAUACCAGAAUUAGUUGGAAAACUUAAGAUGUUCUUUAUACAGGCUUGUAGAAGUAGAUUCAUGAAUGCUGAAAUUGAGAAUCAAGAUAUUGGUCAUACAAUGACAGUGUUAUCCAGUACAGAUGAAGAAAAACACACCGGACAUGAUCAGCCAGAUGCUGUAGGCCAUAUGUCUAUGGAAGAUAGUAAAAUAGCACAAUCUUUUUCUAAAACUAAGAGCAUAGAUGUUGAAGAUGCUAGAGGUUAUAUGCCUCCUCCAGAGAAAGAAGAUGAUUCAACAUCUCAAAAAUCUGAAAUCAAAACAAUGUCAACUAUAAGGGAAAAAAGGACGGGUGAAGUGCUUACUUCCACAACUAUACCUGUACCUAAUGCUGUAAAAACAGAAGUUGAAGAGAUUGUUGAGAUUCCUACAACAGUAGCCAUUCCCCAUUGUGAUGAUUGUGUGGUAGUUUUUGCUUCUAUGACAGGGAAAUAUGCCUACAGUAGAUUGUAUGAUAGCACAGAUGGUGGAGGUUGGAUGAUUAGAGCAUUGCAUUCCACAAUGAUUAAACAACAGAAACCAGGAGAUAUUGUUUACAUACCAGAUAUACUUACUGGAAUCAAUAGGGAAAUUAGUAGGAAAGAAAAUAUGCUUAAACUUAAGAGCAAUCACACGAAUGAAAAUAUACGGCGAAUGACCUAUAGUUCAUAUUUAAGUGUUCUAAUUACAAAUGUAGACCAAAAAUUAAAGCAGGAAGAAACAAGUCAGCAAUUACUUUUGAAAGUAAAGGAAUAUUUCAAGCAGGGAGAUAUUGAGCUUUUCGAAGGCAAUGAAAAUAUUGAGCUUUUGAAAGUUAAAGAAGUAAUUGAGUUGGAAGAUCUUAAACUUUUGAAAGUAAAAGAAAACCCUACGACAGGAGAUUUUGAGCUUUUAAAAAUAACGGAAGGUCUGAAACUUUUGAAAGUAAAUGAAGAUCUUAAGAUGCUACGUUUGAAAGUUGAUGUAGAGCAAGAAAUAUACAUGUUAGAUGAUGAAAUUAAAGUGAUAAGAGAUAGAGUGGAAGAGUUUAUUGGAGCUGUAACAAUUAAAGCACAGUCCUGUUUUUUUCACAAUUUGGCUUUUGAAGAUGAACAUAUGAAAUUAAAAUAUCAGGACAAAAUCCAAAGUACAUAACAACCUAACCAAAGACUUGUGUAUUUGUUAAUUAUGUUCAAUUAUCUUUUAAAUGUCUCUUCCUUAAGACAAUUUAGCAUUACUGUGAUCAAAUAUUAUGCUGUAAAUUAAGGCAGAGGGAGUAGGUUCAUAAAGGGUAUUUAUUUAUAUUUAUAUGAAUUUACACUAUCCCUUAUAUUCUAAGGAAAAACAUUUUGAUGGUCAUCAGUAUACAAAUUCUAGACAUGUUUGUGCAAAGUUUUGAACAUUUUUAUGGAUAUUUAUGUUAUAAAUGAAUGUAGUUUUUUAACCAAUCUUUAUGUUAAUAGGUGUGUAAAGUUGUGUUUCAAAUGUGCUUACAGUCCUUUCUCAUAGAAUUGUACAGUUUGUUCUUAAAUAGUGCUAUUUCAAUGUAAUCCAAGAUGAGUAGAUAGUCGUAACAAACAUUUUUAACCAAGCCACAUUCUAUAUGUGUAUGUCCUUUGCAUUUUAUUCAGUGAUUGUUAUUGUUUGCUUUCUCUCACAUUUAUAUUCUGGUUACAUAUUUUGUUUAUAAAUUUCUUGUUUCUUGUUUCACAUAUAUGUGAUGCCAGUGCCUUUUAUAGGUUAUUUAUACUAUUUUGGUUUGAAUUUGUUCAUUGUUGAAGGCGGAACCUACAUAUCCACAUCCAUUUGAUCUCUGGUGUAUAGUUGUCCCAUCUGCUCUCAAACUACUUCUGUUUUUUUUAUGAUUUUGUCUAGUUUUUGAUGAUAGACUUGUCAUAGACUUAUGGCAUAAGAUGAGGACGUUUCUGUUUUUGAAAAAAAAAUUCUCUCUGUCUGUUGUGGAUACUAUUCCUGGUGGUUUAUUUAGUGUCAUUAUAGUUAUAUUUAAUUUUGAUUUGUUUUUAAAAAAUGUAUUUAUUGUAUUACUUAUGAAAAUUAUUUUGUUUAGAAUUGAAUGCUUGUGUUUAGAAAAUUUAUAGGAAAUGAAGGCAAGUGACCAUCACAUUUUCAUGACAUGUGGAACUGCCGUUUUGCUUAAUUUGUGAUCAUCAAUUGCUUUCAUUUCAUAUAAAUGUUAAAAAAAAAACCCAGAGCACUUAAUUUCAUAUAAAUUUGCUUAUUUAUAUAUUAAUAUAUAUCUUCUAAACAUGAUUAACAUGUCAAAUCUGAAAGUUAAUCUAUAUACACAAAUCUUUGUCUUAAUUGACCAGUAAGGCUGUAUCAUUCCAUGUAAAAAAAGGUUAUUUGUGAUAACAGUUGAAAUUUCCAUAAUGAGGAUGUUAAUUUAAAAAAAGAUACAUGUAACUUGUAAAAUAUAAUUUCCCUUUUAUAAAAUUUAUAAAAAUUAUAUAAAAUUUAUUACACAUGUAGUCCUUUGCCUGAGUAACAGUGAUAAUAUGUAAAAAAAAAAAAAAAAAAAAAAAAAGGUGUUCAUUAAUGAAUUGGGCAGAGCUGAUAAAUCUAUGUUUUGGGAAUUGAAAAAAUUAUGACAGAAUCAAAUGACCUGUCUUACAUCAAAUAAAAUAUCAGCAUUUGUAGGAAUUGAAUAUUAUCUGUAAUUAAUAUACCUUAUUGCAUUGCAUAUAAUGAUUUAUUGAUCAAUGAAACAUUGUUACUUUUAAACAUAUUUAUUUAAAAACAUCAUGAACAUAUAUACAAGCUUGAAGGUUUUAUCAUUCUGUUGCAUAUUAAAGCAAAACUAACUGAAACUUACCAUUAUAAUUGUAUAUAGAUUCAAAUGCAGUAAUGUAUAAAUUAAGCAUAUUUGUCAGUGGUCAGUUGUAAACUGUUAAAAAAUUGUUAUAUUUUCAUGAUUUGUUUAAAAGUUUCAUGAUAGAAACAAAACACAAGGCCAGUUUAAUAUGUCUUCCAGUAAUUAGUAUAGGAUGAAAAACUGAGGACUUGUAAAUGCCAAGAGUCAAAAGAGGGUUAUACUUAGUAGAAUAGUAUCUCCCUAUAUAUGUAAAAAAAAAAUGACAGCCAUUCUACAUGUACUAAUAAGAAUUACAAUCAUGAUAAUGAUCAUUGUGAUUUCCAUGUUUGUUGAGGUUUGUUUAAUACUGAACAUUGUCAUUUUCAUUCAUUUAUAUGUGUUGAUUUUUGUUAUUAAUUUUGAUCUCAAACAUUAUGUAUUUUGUAACUUUUUUUUCUGAUUGUGUUACUCAUGUAUAGGCAUGUGUUAAUGAUUUAACAAAAUGUUUCUGUUAAUAAGCCCUGGAAUUUAUAAAGUUUUGAAAAGUUCAAUUAAAAAAAAAUGAUUUAUGCAAUCACAGUGUAUGUAACUUACUGUGGAUUCAUUAUUAUUUGUUGGAUACUCAUUUUCGUCAGUUUUGUUAAUACAUGUGAACCAUGAAUUCAAUUGUUCAACAAAUAAUAAAUGUUCUCUAGGUUUUGUAUUCAAAGAUUUACAAAACCACAAAAAUCUAAUGCAAGUUUUCCUCAAUUCGUGAAAAUUGAUACCCAUAAGAAAUAAGUGAAUCCAGCAUAUCAAAUGACCUGGAAUUGGUAUAACAGUUUGGUAGGCUAAACUUUUAAUUCUCAGGUGUGUCCUGCAGCAACCAGGUCUUUAAACGGGGAAAUAUAUAUAUAUAUGCACAGUCUUUGUUCUUCGUUUAUUCCAUUAUAUUUUUGUAUACUGAUUUAUACAAAUAUUGCUCACUUAUUCUUUUUUGAUUGAUUUUGUUUGAUGCUGUGUGCAAAAUCAUGCUCAUUUAAUUAUAAUAUUAUAUAACAUUGUGUAUACCUGGACUAGUUUUCAGCUCAUAUUGUCCAUGACUUGGCCUCUUUUGUAUGUAGCAACUACAAUGAUCUUUUAAAAAAAUCUAAUUUGAAAAUACUAGGGCAUUUCAGCUAGAGAUGCUUAUCCCUAAAAUAAAUCCAUAACACAUAAUUGCCAUACUUACAGAAAAAUAUAAUCUGAAACCUACUAAUUAUCUUUUUUUCUCUGCCAUUAUGAUAGGCAUUUUUUGAUAAUUUUUUUGUGUGUACAAAAGGUCAUUUGAUGAAUAUCCAUUGAUGUUUUUAAGAAAUACCCAGAAUGCAUUAGAUAUUUAAACAGUAAAUUGCAAUAUGUUGUAAUUUGUUUAAAUAGAAUCAGGUUGGUUCCUCAAUAAUACUUCUAGUUCUAUAGAAAUAAUUCCAAAUGAUUUCAUAUGAUUCUAUGAGUGCCAAAACUGAUACGAUAUUGUAAGAAAAACACCAGGGAAAUAUGACAAACAUGAAAAUGUGAUAUUGAUAUAUGCAAGUCAUGCAACCUGUAUUUGAUAUUUUACUGCAUUAUGCAAAAUGAUUUUGAGGAGUUUAUGUUUCUUUAUAUAUUGUUAAAUUAUGUACAUUU